AUGAGUGACAAACUUACGAGAAUUGCUAUUGUUAGUUCGGAUAAAUGUAAACCGAAAAAAUGCAGGCAGGAAUGUAAAAAAUCCUGUCCUGUUGUUAGAAUGGGCAAGCUUUGCAUUGAGGUGUCUCCGAAUAGCAAAAUUGCCUUCAUUUCUGAGGAAUUAUGUAUCGGUUGUGGUAUUUGCCCCAAGAAAUGUCCAUUCGGUGCUAUUAUGAUUAUUAAUCUUCCCACAAAUCUCGAAAAAGAAGUCACACAUCGUUAUUCUGCAAACUCUUUCAAACUUCAUCGUUUGCCUGUUCCUAGACCUGGACAAGUUCUCGGAUUGGUUGGUACUAACGGUAUUGGUAAAAGUACAGCACUUAAAAUUUUGGCCGGAAAAUUGAAACCUAAUCUAGGAAAGUUUGAAGAUCCUCCGGAUUGGCAAGAUAUUUUAAAAUAUUUUCGUGGAUCAGAAUUGCAAAACUAUUUCACAAAAAUUUUGGAAGAUAAUUUGAAGGCAAUUAUCAAACCCCAAUAUGUAGAUCAUAUCCCAAAAGCUGUCAAAGGGACAGUUACUGAUUUGAUUGAUGCUAAAUUGGAAAGAGAUAAUAAGAAAGAUAUGAUUAGUGCUUUAGAUCUACAAGACGUAUUGAACCGUCAAGUAGUUGAUCUAUCUGGUGGAGAGCUACAGCGUUUUGCAAUUGCUGUUGUGUGCAUUCAAAAAGCAGACAUUUAUGUCAUUGUUGUAGAGCAUGAUUUAUCGGUUUUGGAUUAUCUUUCCGAUUUCAUUUGCGUGCUAUAUGGUAUGCCCUCAGUAUAUGGUGUAGUUACUAUGCCUUUCUCGGUUCGUGAAGGCAUUAAUAUAUUCUUGGAUGGUGAUUUUCAAUUGACUGUUAAAUCUGGCGGAUUUACGGAUUCUGAAAUUAUUGUUAUGCUUGGAGAAAAUGGAACCGGUAAAACAACGUUUAUCAAGCUAUUGGCUGGUGGAAUCAAAGCUGAUGGUGAAGAACAAGUACCUGAAUUGAAUGUUAGUUAUAAACCACAAAAGAUUUCACCAAAAUUCCCGGGAUCCGUGCGCAGCCUAUUCCUUAAAAAGAUCAAAAACAUGUUCAUGCAUCAACAAUUUCAAACCGAUGUUGUGAAGCCCAUGCAAAUUGAAAAUAUCAUUGAUCAAGAAGUCGCAAGUUUAUCUGGUGGUGAACUUCAACGUGUAGCAAUUGUGUUGGCGUUAGGCCAACCUGCAGACAUUUAUUUGAUUGAUGAACCUUCUGCAUAUUUGGAUUCUGAACAACGUGUUGUUGCGGCUAAAGUCAUCAAACGGUAG